AUGUCGCUGAUAGAUCCAAACCUCGUCCCACCAAGAACCACAUCCUUGCUCCAUACCUAUCUUUUCGACACGACAACUACCAUGAUCCGAUCCUUCGACAGCGGCGAAUGGCAGGUCCAGACCAAUGUCUUGCGCAGAUCCCAGUCAGUGACUGGCCUUCGACAGAAACAGCGACACGCCACCCGAUUGAGCAGGAUGGGAUCUCUCGAUGAUAUUGCGAGACAUGUUGAGAUGUGGGGCAACAAGCACGACACGAUCUCAGCGAUCGCUGAGCAUGGGUGGUUCGAUGUAGAAGGAGAGGAAGAUGAAGAUGAAACUUCAGGCCGACCAUCUCGAGAGCAGGAGAGCGUGGCUUUAUUGCCUCCUGAAAUCCCGAGGAAGAAUAGUAAGCGGCGGAAGGUCGAGAGGCGCCGAGGAGUCAGUAAUCUACCGAAGCUACUCGAGAGAUACUGCACCAAGGAGGAACCGAAGUACGACAUUUUCGGCAAGCAUUUGCAGAGCGAACGGGCAUACUCGCAAAACAAGAACCUUGGCUUUCAAUACACGACUCCAGGAUUGGAGGAGGCCCCUGUCGUUCGCACUGUGCUGGACCAGAAUCAGCAAGAAGCUAUCGAACGUUUUAGGUCACCACCACCGCCUGCGGACUUUGGCAUUGAGGGUCGUGCUGCGGGACAAGUCAGGCGGGCUCGUCAGAACACCAAUGCCAAACACGCUCCAAAAGACCCACUUUGUAGGGACUUCGCACAGGGCGCAGGUAGGUCUGGAAAGAGCAAAGCACGUGGUGCUGAAGCACUCUUCGACGCGCUUCUCGCAUCGAAAAGAAUCAAUCAUACGCCUGGCUCGGCUAUCUCUGCCGUGCACGAGGCUCAGCAGGAGACCCUCGACCUCGCACGGGCAGCUGAGAAUCCUGUGGCCACGGCGAAGCAGAUCGAUCAUGCGGCUGCCGAAGCGCUUUCGGCAAAACAUGAUCAACCACAAUCCUUCUUCGAGCAAGGCACGAGCGUGAAGACAGCUUUGCUCGCGAAGGUGAAGAGUUUUCGGAAACACCAAGCGCAAGGACGUGAGCCAGACCGGAAUCCCUCGAUCUGUCGAUUGAAGUCCAAGGCGCUGACCCUGAAGCUCAAGCAAUCUCUGAGCAUUCACCGUCAUCCACAUGCGAAGCCCUGCGAGAAGACUCGAGCACAAGCGGAAGCACAGGGACAAGCCACGGCACAUGCAAAGCUACAAGCCAAAGCACGUGCCCUCGAGUUCGAAGCGGAGAAAGACAAACUACUGCACGAAAUACACGUGGCCCGCAGACUCAAACACCAAAGAUGGCUCGAAGCAGAAAGCGAAAUGGCCCGUGCCCAGGAUCGCCCACCCAACCCAAUCCCUCCCAUGCAACCCAUCUCGCUUCACGACGACCUCCAAUCCGAUGCUCAAAUCCACGCAACCUCCCUAGACGCCGCCUUCGACUCCACACCAACCACCAAAUGGCGCGCAAACUCCCAACUCACCACCAUAACCACCUCAAAGCGAAACGGCAACAUCCGCAUCACCUCCCCUCCCAACCACGGAAUCCUCUGCCUCUGCAACAUGUGGCUCGACCAAGGCCACACGCUCCGCGAGAAAGCGCUGCAACACAUGACUCUCAUCCAGCAGGGCCAUUUCCCGCCUGACCACCUCCGGUCUGGCUGUGAUUGCUAUCUCUACCGCAUCUACGAAGCCUUCACAAACAAUCACUUCCAGUACAUCGGUAUUGCUCAAACGCAGAAGGAGCAAGCCGAGGAGUACGGAAAGGGGAGGUGGGUCAUUUAUCUCGCCAAGGAGACGCCGAUUUCGAAGUUACUGCUGGGCUCGCAGCUGCCGUCGACGAAGGUUAGGAGAGUACCCGCGAGGCGACCUACGAGUGCGAACAGGCCGCGGCCUUUGAGUGCGAGGAUUAUGAACCAGGUGCGGAGGAGGUCAAUGCAUGGGCUGGUGUACUUUGCGAACAAUCCAUUGAGGGAUGUGCGUGAUAUCUAA